UUAAUUUAAAAAUUGUAUAAAUAUUUUUUAGAAAAAUGUUAUAGAAAAUUAAAAAAUAAAAUUGGUUUCCAUGUAUCUUUGUCAUAAAAAUGCAACAGAAAGCUCGUCUUGAUUAUUACUUCAGUGUUGUCCAAAAACAGAUAUUAUGUCAUCAGAGUUUGACGCAUGGUUUAUUUCCAUUAUAUAUUCAGGAAUUAAGUGUUAGACAUGAUGGACAUGUGCGAGACAAUAUUUACUGCGCUAUGGCAAUAUGGAGCAUGUCUCUUGGAUAUAGACAUCUGGAUAAUGAUGGAGGUCGAACACACUUAUUACAACAAAGUACUGUAAAGUGUAUGCGAGGUCUACUCUUUUUUUUUAUGCUGCAAGCUGAUAAGGUUGAAGCUUUUAAAAAAGAACAACAACCUGAUAAUGCUCUAAGUGUAAAGUUUGAUAUAAGAACUGCUGAUGUAUGGGUAGAUCCAUCUUACAAAAAUUUACAGAUUGAUUGCAUAUCCUUGUAUCUCCUUGUGCUAACCCAAAUGAUAGCAUCUGGUUUGAAUAUCAUUGCUACAAUUGAUGAAGUGCACUUUAUUCAAAACCUUGUUUACUAUGUGGAAAGAAGUUAUCGAACUGCAGAUUUUGGCAUAUGGGAGAGAGGUACAAGGUACAAUAAUGGUCGCAGAGAACUUCAUGCUAGUUCUAUUGGCAUGGCAAUUGCAGCAUUAGAGGCUAUUAAUGGUUUUAACUUGUAUGGUGAUAAGGGAACUUUGUCAUCAGUAAUAUAUGUUGAUCCAGACGCUCACUAUCGUAACAAAUCAAUUUUACAUUCAUUACUUCCUAAAGAAUCUAAUUCUAAGACAACUGAUGCCGCCUUGUUAACUGUUGUUGGAUUUCCUGCAUUUUCUAUUGAUGAUGAGAUACUAAAAAAAGAAACGAAAAAUAAAGUUGUUACUCAAUUGUCUGGUAAAUAUGGUUUCAAAAGGUUUUUAAGAGAUGGGUAUGGAACAGUAUUUGACAAACCUGGACAGCAUUAUGAAAAAGCUGAACUUAAAAAUUUUGAAGGAAUUGAAUGUGAAUGGCCUAUUUUUAUAAUAUUCAUGGCUUUAGAAGCAUUAUUUACUGGUGAUAGAGUUCUUGCAAAAUCAUAUUUGGACAAGUUAGAGCCUUUAUACAUAUAUAAAACAGAAGGUAAAAUACUUCCUAAGUACUUUUAUGUACUUAAAGAAGAUAUUGAAUCAAAUUCGUCAGAAAAAUUAAAAGAACCUAAUUCAGACUUUGACAAUACCUAUUUGAUGGGACAAUCGUUACUAUUGAUUGCUAAUUUAUUAAUUGAGGAAUUGAUUACUCCUACAGAAAUUGAUCCACUUCAACGUCAUCUUCAUUCUAGCAUGAAGUAUAGAUAUGGUUUUUUAAGUGCUCGCUACUCUUCGUUUAAGGCUAGCGAAUCAGAUUUAGUAUUACAAGUGUGUCUUAUAUCUCAAAAUGAAAAUUUACAAGCAAACUUGGCUACAUAUGGUAUUGAAACUCAAACUCCUAAAGAAAUUGAACCUAUUGUUAUAUGUGCUCCUCAAGAACUAGUUCGUGUUUAUGAAGAGUUAGGAAAGAAUCAAAAAUUAAAUUUAUCUGGAAGGCCAGUUCGUCCACUUGGAGCUUUAGGAACUAGUAAGAUAUAUAGGAUUUGUGGUAAAACAGUGGUUACAUAUCCAUUAAUACUUGACCAAGAAGGCUUUUACAUGUCAUUGGAUAAAUCAUUACUUGUUGACGAUCUAAAGACUUGUUUGGCUUUCAUUCGAAAGUGCUGGAAUCUUGGGGGGAGACCAACUGUAUGUCUUUACUUGCAAGAUCAUAAUUUUAGGGGUCAUUUCUCAUCUGAAAUGGUUGAUUUUAUGGCUGAGCUGAAAACUGGAAAUAUUGAUGGUGUAAAUAUUAAACUUGGUAGAUUGCAGAUGUUGGUCUCUACAGGUUGUGUUGAACAUCUUGAUUAUUUAACAACAAAACAUUGCUCCAAAAUGUACUUCAACAAUAUUAUUACUAAUCAAGAUGUUCUAAAUUUUUCUGGUUUUGAAUCUGAAUGUCAUCCUGCACUUGAAUAUAAUGAAGAUAAAACUGAUGAAGAAUUAAAAAGUGCUAAAGAUCUUUCUACUCCUCAGCUUGUUGAUUUGUAUCAUUCGGCAACAAACAUGCAUAAACGAAUGAGUUUGCUGGAUAUUAUUUUGCAUAGAGAAGGAUCUAGUUUUUCUCUUGGAGAAUUUAAUGUCCAAGAAAGCAUUGAAAUUUGUUACAUAAAAGCUAGCAAAGUAUACAAUUGGGAUGUGUUAAGGCAUGGUGCUGCUUUGUUAGGAAAGUCUGUUGCUAGUUUGUCUCCUUCAAUCACUUCAAUGUUGGUUUGUGGAAAGCAAGUAUGUUUGGGUGCAUAUGGUUGUAAAGAGCAUGUUAUAAUUGAGCCUCUCACACCCUCUGACAUAAAGAAAAUAUUUGAAGAUGAGUGCAUGGGACUUGAUUCAAGAGAAGUAUCUCUUCACCAAGAGAUAAUACUCCACCUUGGUGCGAUUAUUUCAACUAAUCUAGAAUUAUUUAAAGGAAUGUUAAAAAUUCGAGUUGGUUGGAUAAUUCAAGCAAUGAAGAUAUGUUUACAAAGUGCUAUACUUCGUGGUAUGCAACCCAUUGAAAUAUUUUCUCUUUAUCCUCAUGAAAUUAAACAACUUCUCAUUGCUGUUCUUUCUGGUAAAGGAACUAUUCGCAAAGUUGAUAUAACACCUAGAAAUGCACUGGAGCGAAGAAGGUUGGAAGGAGCUCUUAACAGAUUGCCUCAGGGUUUUUAUAGCAAAUUUUGGCGACUUCUUGAACAAUGCCCCCAAGGAAUUCAACUUGGUCUCUGUCACCUACAACAGCAACCCAUUUUGUCAGUUAUGACGAAAAAUGAAAUUGACUAUAAGAUUCAGGUUGAAGAAUUGCUUUCUAAUUCAACCACACCUGUUGAAAGGCAAAUGUCUGUAGAGUUGAUCAUGAUUAUAUCAACAAUUCUUGAUCGCAACCCUGAGCUUCAGAUUCAGUCAACAAUACAACUUAUGAAGUUAAUGGAAGAUGCUAUUCAGUUGUAUUUAAACACUAAUGGUGGAAAGUCAAGAGAUGAUUUCUUUUCGCUGGAGCCGGCUGCCCAAAACGUUGAUUUAGCAGAUUCAAAGAUAAAGAAUGGUUCAACCACAUACCUUGCUCAUUCAGCGAUUAGCACUAUGCUGCAAAACUCGCUCAUUCUUUCUCAUUCGACAGAAGUUUGUAGUAUUAUGUAACGCUUCUUAAUUAAAUCAAAUCCAGAAUUUUUUUAA